UCCAAUGUUUUGUAGAGAAGAAUGGCUGCCAUCUUUAGUUUUCGAUGGAUGUUUUACGGAGAGAUCGCGAGUUUCUUGUAUUUAUCACGAUAAACAAUAACGUAAAAGUGUAUUAUUAAGUGAAUAAUUAUUAUUCGCGAUGUAAAUAACGAUUUAUAAAUAUUUUUAUUAGCUGCCUUUGUGCAAUUUUAUGUUUAAAAUGCGUGUGUUUACAUCAAUGUUUGAAGUCACUCUCUGUAUUCCUGUCACAGUAAGUUUCUGGUCAAGUAUUCUCAAAUAGCUCAAACUGCGAGUUGAGGCAUCGUCGCUAGGCGAUUGGGUGCCGAAAAUAAAAAAAUAAUAAUUAUUAUUGUAAUCCCCGUCGUAUUUAAUUUUCGACGGUAAGUAUAAAAUUUAUCAAAACGUCGACUCCAUCGGUAAUAAAGUUAUCCGGUGGCGCAGCUGGAGCAAGCGGGUCCGAGGAGCACAAGUCCCCGGGUCCCGAACCGCCACCGGAAACCAGUAGUGUGGAGAAAGUCGCGCCCAGCGAAAACAAUGGCACCGCUGAAGCCACCAUGAGUUUUGUUCUGCAAUUGGGUUCUGCUGAAACCCUUGAGGAGACCAAUCCUAGUGUCAGAGAAAUAGCAUCAGUUACAAUACAAGAAAGAACAACUGAGCCAAUGAGUAUUGUUUUGCAAUUGGGUACAGCAGCAGCAGCAGCAACCGGAAAUUCGGAUGAAACUCAUAGCACAGAAAAAUCAACAGCAAUGAUGGUUACUAAGCCUGCUAUUGUUUAUCCCAAUAAUCAAAUAAAAGUUCAACAGAAUAAUGCUAAGAGUAAUAUUGUAACAACAGCUGUUGCUAAUUCCGGUGGUGUUAUCUGCAAUACUGCGGUUGCCAAACCUGGAACGAUUGUUUAUCCAGCAAAGGCAAUCAAAGAUCAAAAACUUGUUGGACCUGUAACAACUGUAGAGUCAAAAAUCAUUGCAACACCUUUGGUACUGACUCAGCAGCAAAUAUCUGCGAGUACUGGUGGCGCGUUAAUUCCCUGUUCUUUAGCAGCAAACCAUUCAGCGAGCCCAUUGAAUCCGCACUCGUCUAAACCCGUGAUUAAUAGCACUGCUAAUUCAAAUCUCCCGGGGAAGAUCCAGCUCACGUACGAAGUUAUGCAAAAUAAACAACAGCAGCAUUCAUCAAAUAUCAUUCAAAGCACAGCAUCACAAAAAGUAGUUGGUACAACAACGGGUGUCAAGACAAUUACAUCGACAAAUUCAAUGUCAAAUAUUCAGAAGUUACGGACUAAAUCUCCAAGUACCGGGACACCGAAUGCUAAUGUCCAUAAAGUUAAAACAAUAACGAGUAUCAAUAACCAAGGGGGAAUGGUACCUAAAAAUUUUACUUCACGUAUGCAAGCUGUGUCAAAAGCCCAAACAUCAUCGACAAAUGUUGCUAUUACACCUGUUACAAUGACCCAAGUUAUAACCAAUUCAAAUAUUCAACGACUACAGCAACAGAAUAAUCAACAAAAAAUUCAACAAAACCAGCUAUUAUCAAAUCAAACUACGGUUAAUACCCGAGUUAAUACGAAUAAUAAAGUAGCAACUGCACAGCAGCCAAUUGAUCAAACUCAGUCACUACAAAAAGUUGCUGGAGUCUUUCCAAAAACAUUAGCAGUUCAACGGCAACCAGUUGCUACCACUGGGACUAAUAAUGUACAAAAAGUUUCGAUUGCCGGAAUACAGAAAACAACAUCGGUAUCGCAAAGUCAACCGCAAAUAAAUAAUACUGUACAUUUUCAAAAUUCUCAACAGCCUAAAUCACAAAUCACAUCAGUACAAAAAUCUCAGACCGCAUUGGUAUUAAAUAAUUCAACGAAAAAUUUACCGUUAACAAAUGCUGGUAAUAUUGCUAACAUUGUUAAAAGUAGCAGUGUUCCAAAUGUAUCGAAAAUUCAACAAAAUUCUACAGUGACACUGGGCAAGGCUCAGCUUAUAUCUCAGUCCCAACUCAAUGUACAUCAUACGUUACAUGUUCAACAGAUAGUUCCUCAGACGAUUCAAGGACAGGCUGUUUCUAAGCAACAGCAGCAUCAACAUCAACAGCCGGUUACUUUGCAGACAGCACGAAUGACUGGUAAUACUAAUUCACAACCAAAGUUGAAUGUUAUUCAACAGAAUGCGACUCUUACGAGUAUACCGAUAAAUCAAAAAAAUCCGAUGGUUGUAAAUACCAAAGUACAAUCACAGCCGCAAAUGCUCCUCAAAGUUGGACCGAUGAAAAAUUCUCCCAUUGGAGCACAACAUCCAGGGAAUACUGUCAAGACUGUUGGUCAAAAAGCCACUGCUGCUAAUCAGAUGAAAGCAAAUCCUCAGCAAGUCGGGAUGUCAUUGAAUCGGACUGUGAAUGCCCAACCGAUUAAAAUAAUCCAACAGCAUCAACAGCAACAGCAGCAAUCACCGCAACAUAUUGUCGUUAAUCCAAUGACCGCCCAAAAACAACCGGGUUGCAUAAAAACGAUCCCUGCACAAAAACCUCCGCUGCAACAGCAACAACAGCAGCAGCUGCAACAUCAACAGCAGCAGCAGCAUCAACAUCAACAGCAGCAACAACAACAGAGAAAUAAUGCCCAAAAAGUUGGUGGCAUAAAAACUUCUUUGAAUACCAAUAUGAAUUCAUUGAAAGCUCAAAUGCCCAACAAUCCUGCUGUUCCCCCUAAUUCAAUCUCGCAAAAACAAAAUUUACGAACAUUUCAUUCUCAACAAUUGACUUCACCAAAUAUUAUGAUACACAAAAAUCAAACGAUGAAAGUUCAACAGCAAAAUAUUCAGCAAAAACAAAAAAUAAUUACACCGCAGUAUAGCCAACAGCAAAAUGUGAGACCACAAGCUGGACAAAUAAAAACAAUUUUGCCCGUAAUUUCGCCGGAUAUUCAUAAAGAAGUUGAAGCAAAAGUCGGACAAGAAUCACAGACAUCAAAAGAACAAGAAUUUCAAGAACAGCCAACGUCACCUGUACGGCGAAUGCCACUUCCUUACGAGUGCCUGCAGUUUGUUCUUCAAGACCAUAACUACGGAGCUCCACCACCGCGCACGCCGCCACCAGCAUCACCUCCACCCCAUCCACAGCAGCAGCCUCUCAAUGGUGCAAGUGGAUCAACACUUCAGCAUUCAUUUAUGUACAACCAAGUUAUCACCAACAAUAGUACAGCCGACGACGCAGCGAGUGCUAUCAGCAGUGACGCAGGUCGUGAGGUCGAGCCGGAAGGUGAAGAAACAGAAACAGCACCAGAAGGAGAGGGCGACGAUGAAGAUAGUAUUACUCGUUGUAUUUGUGACUUUGAACAUGACGAUGGAUAUAUGAUUUGCUGUGAUCGCUGUCUUGUUUGGCAGCACGUUGACUGCAUGGGUAUCGACAGAUCAAACAUUCCCGACGAGUAUCUUUGCGAAGUGUGUCGACCACGUCGUGUAGAUCGUCAACGAGCUCGAACUCUUCAACUGCGUAAACGUGAGGAACUUCUCAAUUCUGAUACAUCGUCGGACACCUCGUCCACUAGCUCUGCUGACACGGAUGUAGGCAGCAAUACAACGACGACUAAAAAACGCCCGCUUCAACAGCUACCGGUUCCACGAAGAAAGUCCGAUCCUCCUCCUUCGACGCUUAGGAAAUUGAAUAACAAUAAUAAUACUAAUAGUAAUAAUAAUAAUAAUAACAACAAUAAUAAUAAUAAUAAUAAUGUAGCGAAACGUCAAAGACGAGAGCAACUUCCAAGACAAGCGAGUGCGGGCAGGAAAAAGGAGACAGCAAAACGUGGCCCGGGUAAAAGAAAAACAAAACGUAGAAUAAGUUUAGAUGGUGAAGAUGAAACUCAAGAUGCUUGGGGAUCAAAUAUGGCACCUUUAAGACAGUGGAUUGAAAGAUAUGAAGAGGCUGUGACAAAUCACUACAGUCCUGAGCUGAGAGCCAGAAUAUCCAGCAUUAAAGUUAAUGGCACACACAGUGAUGUGAAACAGAGUAAUAUGAGCUCUGGUGCCAGUGGCAAGUGUCGGCUUAAUGUACACAGCAACAGUCUCAGAUUCUUGGUAGCUACCGUAUACCUUCCACCAAACACUCCUAUCAUUGAGCUGCGAGGUAAAUAUAUGCUGAGUACGCAACACAGGUCGACGCAUCCUCAAGGACGACAGCACGCCCAGCGGCCAGGACCUUUUGUAUUUUUCUAUCGUUUGCCACGUGAGGGUACUGAAGUUUGUGUUGAUACCAGAACAUACGGCAAUGAUGCGAGAUUUGUACGACGAAGUUGUAAACCCAAUGCUGAAAUUAAACAUUGUAUAGAAAAAGGAACAUUGCAUCUAUAUAUCGUUACGACUACAAUUAUUGAAAAAAGUACUGAAAUAACGAUUCGUCAUGAGCAGCAUGAUCUUUUACUUUCGCCUAAUUCAAAUUCAACUGUCACUUCGCCUCUUCCAUGUGCUUGUGGUAAUCCACGUACUUGUCAAAUAACUACAGCAGCUGGACAACUUAGUAGUACACGACGAGGUAGUAAUGGUACACUUGCGGAGAAUGCUGAUGGUCGUGAACGAAGACGACGAGGUAGAAGAAAUACUGUCAAUGAGGAAAGUGAUGUAUCUAAUUCAACAACUUCAACACCACCGGUAGUAAGUCAGCCAACACCAAAUUCAACAUCAACUCCUACGUCUUCAACAUCAACAACAUCAACAGUAUCAGCUGGUGCUAAAAAAAUGAUGACUAAUCCUAUAACUCCCGUACCGGUACCAGCCGUUACGACAGCAACUGUGGCAACAGUAGCCACGACGACGACCACCACGGUAAUAACAACAAUAACAACGGCAACAGCAACGGUUACGACGUCGACGACGACCAUGACACCAGUGGUGGCAACGACUCCAGCUGUAGUGGCUAAAGUAUUACCUAAAGAAGAGGCUUCUGUUUCAGUAUCACAGCCACCCGCGCAACAGGUACUCCAUUCGACAUCACCAGUUACUCCAACGUCACAAGAAACCAGUAAAAAAGAUAAAAAGAAAAUGACAAGAGAAGAGCGUAAAAUGGAAGCUAUUAUGAAAGCUUUUGAAAGAUUAGAAAAAGCAGAACAAAGAAAGCAAGAAGUACAAGCAAGAAAUGCACAGAGAAAAGAAUCUGGAGGUGCGCAUAGUGAUAAUGAUGAUCCGCCUCUUAGUCUUCCGACGAAACCGAAGCAGCAGCAUAUAGAACGACCGUUGAGACGAAAAAGGCGAAAGGGUAGAGCAAGAACAACAAGUAGCUCACACUCUCAAAGCAGUCGAAGGACUAGAUUAAAUUCUGCGGAUUCAGACAUGUCGUCUGGUGAUGAAAGUAUCAUGAUGCAGUCACCACCCUCUUCAUGUAUACCCAAUCGUGAGGCUCCGUUUUCUCCUCGACUUCAUACACCAACAAAGGAUGAAAAUUGUGUGGCAAUAGCUCGAGAUUCAAGUAACCAAACUAUACCAACAGCAGCGGGUCUUUUAUUAGCUCUUGCAAAUUCAAAUAUACCUGGUCCAAGUUCACCACCGCUUCAGCAACCGCCACCAAGUAAAAGUCCUACUUGUGACAGUGGAGCAAGCAGCAGUUCUCAGAGUUCAACUCCCUCGACACCACUGUCAUCAGCUUGUCUAUUAGUAGCUGCAGCGGUCGGACCUCUUGCUCCGGGAUUCAAAUUUCCUAAAACUAAAAAAGCCAUGAUGAACGAGUGGUUACGAGACUCACCGGACACGCCACAUCCUCCUCACGUUCAAUUACCACCUCAUAUAUCACCAAAUAUAUCACCAAUGACAUCAGUACCGUCCCCAAGUCCCGUAAUUCCUCCGACAAACAGGGCGAUUGAUUUUCUUUCACCUACAGAUCCCUCGCCGGAGUUUUUGACACAGAGUUAUGCCGCUAAAAGUUUGGCUACUCUUGUACAAGCCGCAAAUUCUGUUUCGGGUAUUUGUGAUUCACCACCACAACGUAAACAAGUCGUCGUUGCACAAAAUGCCAAUGGUUGUCCAGUGUCAUCGGGCUCGGCUAAAAAACGAUGGCUACGACAAGCCAUCUCUGAGGAAUGUGACUCACCCAACAGUAGACCUGAAAGUCCGCCCAGUGAAAUGGUAGCGCCACCUAAAAAACGACGAAUUGCUCGUGAAAGUAUUUCAUCAGACAAUUAUACUCCGCCGACAACCCCAACACCCGUACACACUGAGGCUGGUCCCACUAAUUCGGCGCUUUCUUCAUCUGAAAAUGAUUUCUCCGAGCAACCGCAGUCACCAUUGUCAAUUGAGGGAAGAAUUAAAACAGAUUAUGAGGCUGAUAAUAUUAAAGAAGACACCAAUUCAGACUCAGAGAAGCCAGAAUUCUUCGAAACAAUUAAACCUAAAGCUGAUUUAUCUGAUACUGAAAUAAAAGAAGAUGAUGAGAGAGAGCCAGAAAAACCAGUUGUGACUGAUUUGAAAGACCAGGUGGAAUUAUCACAAACGGAGAUUAAAAACCAUGUGAAAGAUGAAAUUAUGGAAGUAGAGGAUGACAAAGAUAUUGAUACAUCAGUAAAUUUAACUAAGAUCGAAAAAAAACCUAGUAUGAUGUGCGAAGAAUCUUCAGAUGUCAUUAAACCUUCUAGUGUUACAGACAGUCCGAUUAAACGAGAAACGAGUUCACCAUUGGCGGACGAAAAAUGUCCUAUGGAAAUUGAUAACCAGAGCGAGCCGGAGACAGACGAACCGAGGUCACCAAUUGGUGCAACAGAGUCCGACUCUGAGCUCAAGCCGCCUGCAGCUGAAAUGACACUUGAGUAUGGAACGGUCGCGAAUGUCGUUGAUAAAAAUGAAAGUUCUGAAAAUGUGGAAAAACCUGCGUUCGACAAAGACUGUCAGUCUAAUGACGGAUCGUCUAUCGACGAGUUUGAUGUCGAGGCACAAAUGAAGAUGAUCACUGGUGAUGAUGGAAAUGACUACAAGGAAAAAGUUGAUACCUGUUCAGACAAAGAUAAUAAAAGUAUGGAUGGGAUUGAAGGAUUGAUGGACAGCUCGAAGGAAGACUCUGAUUCAGAAGACCAUGACAUGGAAGACACACAACCGAGUGAAGAGCCACGUCGUUUCAAAGAAUUGGAACGAGACAUUGAAGAAAGAGCUUUCAAAGAACUUGAAACAAUGUCUCAUAAUCAAAACUUUGAUUCGAAUAAUAAAGAAUUUGUUGCUGAUAAUGUUGAUGCUCCGUUAGAGUGUCUUGGAACCACAAAACCAGAAUCAUCAACGACCACAACAACAGCUUCUGAAGAGUCGAUGUUUGAUUCUGUAUCUUCAAAUAUCGACUGCGAGUCUGUCGUUGAGCCGCCGAAAAUAUUUCAGUCAAUUCCACCUUUGAGUGAGAGGAUUCGUAAAAAACCCGACAGUUCUACGGCUCCGAAGAAGAGUUUAGUUUUUGAAGCAGCGAUGAUUGAGUCAACAAUUGAUAUGGAGUCUGUUGAAAUAACUGAAAAUAGCGAUGAGAAGAGUCAACUGUCUACGGCUUUGAGGGAAUUACUGAGGUCUAAGAUUGACGAAGAACCGACAGCUUUUAUGAACGCUGAAAAUACCGAUCCACCGUUAGAAAAUAUAAAUCCAUCACCAGAAGAUAUUAAUCCACCAUUGGAAAGUAUUAACCCAUCUCCGGAAGAUAUUAAUCCACCGUUUGAAAGUAUUAACCCAUCUCCAGAUGAUAUUAUUCCAUCAAUAAAUUCAUCGCCAAAAGACAUAAAUCCCUCACCAACUGAUGUAAAUCCAUCACCAAAAGAAACAUAUUCGUCUCCAAAAGAUAUAAAUCGAUCUCCAAAAGAUAUGAAUCCUUCACCAAAAGACAUUGAAUUAUCUCCAAAACAUAUUAAUCCACCUUCAGAAGAUGUUAGUCUUCCAGAAAAUAUAAAUCCGUCAUCAGAAAAUGUUAAUUUGCCACUAGAUGAUUUAUAUCCAUCGUUAGAAAAAAUCAGUCCGCAACCAGAACAUUUUAAUUCAUCGUCAGAAAAUAAUAGCCCGCCUGUACUAAACCAUAUUGAGGCUAUUGUACUGGAACCAAGUGUCCAAGAGAACUCGGCUGUCUUAACAAAUAAAGAAGAAAUAGUAUCACCUAAAGUCGAAGAAAAAGCACCACCACUACCGCCACCACAACCGGAAGUCAGAAGGCUAAAAGAUCCUCGGACAGCGGUUCCCAAUCGAGGUCCAUCGCCAAAACACGAUGCUCCCGCACCAGUGAAGCGUAAGGUUAGAACGCUAUCGAUUUCCGAAUAUCGGAAACGAAAACAACAGUCCACGGGAACACCACCGGAGCCUGAGCCUUCAAAUGACGUGUCAUCAUCAGACAAGAGUCCAGCACGUGGUCGAUCAGACAGUGCAAGUAGUGGGACAUCAUCUCUGAGUUCAGAUGAUGAUAACGCUAAAACAGCCCAUGAUUUACCAGGAUUGACAACUCUGCCACUUUUUGCAGGCUCAGAAAAUGAAGAACGUAAAGGUGGUGAGGAAGGUAUUAUUGGUUGGUCAGCAGCACCAACUCUCGUUGAACGACAGCGAGAAAAUCUUACUGAAAGAUUAAAACGCGAGUUUGGAUUAUUUUUAAGUGACGAUGAAGAAGAACGGGCUCGAAAACAAGGCUUAACAGCAGAAGCUAUUCUGAAAGCACGCAAAGAAGCGAUGCCAAAUCAAGUUCUAAUUCCUGGUGCGCCUACGUCAUAUCCUUCAACGCAACUACCCCCACAAACGUACAUACCACCACCAGGUUCAGCAGUUAUUCAUUAUCCACAAUUCCAAGUUAAACCAGGAAUUCCGGGAGCGUAUAUGGCGGUACCGCAACCAAUUCCACCACCAGUACCACCACCACCAGGCAUGUAUCCAGUAUCGACAUCAACAGCAACACUUUCAUCAGUGGGUAAGCCGGUACCACAAUUUCUCGUGCCACAAGCCCCACCAGGUUCGAAUCCGUACCCUCCACAAUUUAUACCGACUGCUAGUCCACCCGCACCUACCCAACGAUUUCCCGUCGCGACACCUCCACCGCCACCACUAACGUUACCGCCUGGUUUUCCCGCAACACCGCAACCUUCGAAGCCUUAUUACAUUCAUCCUCCACCUGCGCCCAGGACAUAAUUGCUAACUAAACAAUCUAAACUCUCCAUAUAAUUUACGGCUACUCAAUAAUUUCUGGUGUUUAGUUCGCGGCCUAAGCUUUUAAUAAAAGAAAAACCAAUAUUUUUUUUCACAAACAAAUGAUCAAGGACGAGAAGAGAAAAUUUAAAGACAUGCAUUUGACAUUAUAUAUUUAAUUUGAAAUUUUUAAUUUAACAUUCGUUUGAAAAACGAUUAUUUGCAUUAUCGGUAAAGUUUGAAAAAGAUAUCAGCCAUUGAAGGAUAUAAAAUUCUUAUAACGUAGUAUCUUUUUUUAUACUAAAAAUUUGCGGUGUCCAGAACAAUUUUAUAUAAGAAGAAAGAAAAAUCUGUUAAAACAGAAGUCACAAUGUAAUGUACAGUUGAAUUUUGAUAACGCUGUGGUAAUACAAUGAUUUUAAAUAAUCUUACACGAGGUCAAACUGUAACAAGUUCUUGUUGAGACUAAACUAUCUGUAAUCAUAAACAUAUGUUACUAUUAAUGAUAAAAAAAUAUAGUGAUGUUACCAAUCACUCAUAUUGUCAUCCGGAAUGUAAAUAAUUAAUCUAAGGUUUCGUAAUAUUAUUAUAUAUAUAUUAUUAUUAUUAUUGAAUUAAAAAAUAUAUAAAUAUAUAGAUUUAAUUAACAGUAGCUGUAGACUUGGAGAAACUAAACAGUGAAAGAUAAAAGCGUUAAGAUUAGUUAUUAAUUACACUGCUAGAUAAUUAUAAAUAUUAAUUAAAAUAUUAUUAAAUAAAGUAAUUGUUAAUUUAUGAUAAAUAAUGUACUAGCAGUGUGAUAAUUAUUUUCAAAGUUGUCUAUAUUUUAUAUUUCAUUGUAAAAUUCUCUCUAAUUAUUUAAUAAUUAUUAAUAAAUAUAUGUUGGAUUAAUAUUCAAAUUUAAAAUCAAAUGUUUAUUUUUAUUUAUUUUUUUUUUUGCUUUUUUAAAAAGUCUAAAUAUUUCAAUUAUAUGGAUCACUUUUAUUGAAUCGCGUGUAUUCUUGCCCGCUUUGGUAGAGUUUUAUUAUUAUAAAAUAAUUAUAAUUAAAAAAAAAAAUAAAUUUAAUUAUUAAAGUGUUUAUUAUAAUUAAUUUAUAAUUAUUAGUUAUUAAUUAACAUUUUAUAUUUUUUAUUUGUAUAUCAUUAAAUGAUAGACAGAGAAUAUAUUUCUGUUACAUAAAAGCGCUAGUAAAUUAAAAAAAAAAAAAGAAAAAUAAAAAAAAUGGUAAAAAGAUGAAACGAUAAUUGAAAACAAACAAAAAAAAAAAAAAAAAAAAAAGAAAAAAAAGAUAUAUAAAUAAAUUCCAGACGUACAUAGGACGCAAGUCAUGUGUGCGAGUACAAACGUCAAUCGAACAAAAAAUGAAAUAAGAAAAAAAAAAAAAAGCAAA